AUGGAUUAUAAUUGGUAUCAUGAUAUUCUGCUAGUGGGAGAGGGAGAUUUUUCAUUCUCACUAAGUUUAGCUACGGCAUUUGGCACGGCCGAAAACAUGGUUGCUACCUCUUUGGAUUCCAGAGUGUCUUUGACGAUGAAGUAUGCAAAGGCAGCACAAAACUUGAAUGAACUUGAGAAUCUUGGUUGCACCAUUGUGAAUGAAGUUGAUGCACACAAAAUGGCCCAACACCCACUUCUGCAAUAUCGAAAGUUUGAUUGCAUAAUUUAUAACUUUCCUCAUGCUGGUUUUCAUGGUCGUGAAAGUGAUGCUUAUCAAAUCCAGCUUCACAAGAACUUAGUGAGAGGAUUUCUGAAAAAUGCUAAACUUAUGCUCCGUAAUGGUGGUGAAAUCCAUAUUACUCACAAGACAAAGCACCCUUACACACUGUGGGAUAUCAAGUUGUUGGGAAAUGAGGAGGGUUUGUUUUGUGUUGAAGAAGUGGAUUUUAAUCAAGCUCUUUAUCCUGGUUACAGUAACAAGAGAGGAUCUGGUUCGUCAUGUGAUCAAAGUUUUAUUGUUGGACAAUGCAGUACCUUCAAGUUCAUCGCUGAUUUUUAUCUCUAA